AUUACGUGGGGUUGAGUUUUCUUAACCCUAACCCCAGUUUGGCUGUAGGUUUAUGGAAACCUUAGUUUUAGGGUUUCCAUAAUACCCGUUUUACAUCUUCAAUCCUCCAUUCUCUUCCUUAACCUUGUCGAUUUCUCUUCCUUCAACUCGUGUUUUCAUAUUCUCUUAAUUUGUGUUUUCCCUUUCUUCCUUCCUCAACCCUGUCGAUUUUUCUUCUUCCCUUUUCUCCCUCUACUUCUUCAUUGCCAAUUUUUCUUCUUUCUUUUUCUCCCUUUACUCCUUCAUUGCCGAUUUUUCUUCUUUCGGUGUGAGACAUCUUGUUGUUCGUUUUAUCACCUGAAAAAGAAAUUACCUUGGAUCUAAAAUCCCCUUUUCUUCUUUUUGCAAUCUAUCUCUAAAUUAGUCUAAACCUUCUCUCUCACUCAUCGAAACUGGAAAUUGUUUUGUUGAAGCCUUUGCUCUAGUGACUUUACCUCUAAAACAUUUCGGUUUCUCCUUUUUGGUUUUGUUAAAUGGCUGGGACAAUUCAUUACCUCUAAAACCUUGCCUUACACGUUCAAUGUGUUUUCUCGAUGAACAUGCAAGUUCGUUGUUGUCCUUUGGAAUUUCCCUUGCCACUCGACGAACCCUUUUGUCGCUCGACCUUUCGCUUGCCGAUUGGUGUUUCUCUUCACCGAGUUAGGACAUGUGCUACACAACAAACCGUUUGUGGCAAUUGGUGACUGUCGAGCAUGGUAGGAAGGACGUCAGCCUUCAUAAUACCCUUGUAAGAGUAUGACAAGUUUGUCGUGUGCACCUCAGCUUGUCCGAAUGAUGACUACGAAGUUGCUUGGAUGUAAUGUCCAAGCCACAACUGUAAUAGACUGUCGCAUAAAGACAUUGAAGCGGACCUUCUAGGCAAUCACAAAAAUGCGUGGCCCAUCAUGCAGUCGGUUCGGGUGGAAUGAUGAAGCAAAGUGCAUAAUUGCUGAGAAUGACUUGUCUGACAACUGGGUCAGGAUACAUCCUGUAGCAAAGGCCCUCCUGAACAAAUCAUUUCCCUAUUACGACGAACUGGCCUAUGUGUUCAAGAAAGAUAGGGCAACGGGUCGAGGUGUAGAGACUUUCACCGACAUUGGGUCCAAUGAUCCUAGCAGGUACGAGGGAUUUCAACCGCCUGAUGGAAACGAUAUGGAGAUCCCCACCAUUUACAGCCAGGGCUUUAACAUGUCGCAAGAGGAUGUAUGAGCCCCACGACCUAGUUCAGCGUCCGACAGUAGGACCAGAUCGAGCGGAUCAAAGCGAAAGUGGGUAGGGCAGUGUGUGAUUGUUGUUGACUUAAUUUCUGAGACGAUGGAGUAUGUGAAUGACUAGCUGAAGACCAAUGUUGAGUGGUCUUCUUUUGCGCUUCAGAAUGAAACCAUAGUCCGCCAGGAAGUUCUUCACAAAUUGUGUGCGAUCCCCAAACUAAGUAGGUUGGACAGGGCAUGCUGCUUGCAGAUCCUCUUUCGCAGUUUGGACGACAUGAAAGGUUUCCUUGCGAUACCUAAGAACAAGAAGAUAGACUUUGGCACGAUCCUUCUACGAGAAGAAUCAUGAUUGCUCUUCUACUUCCAUCGCCUGACUUUAUGUUUUUUUAGUUUGCUUCUUAUAUGAUUUUAUUGUUGUUGCUAAUUAUAUUGGAUAGAACUGUUUUAGUAUUUACUCUAUUCGUUCGUAUUAACGUAAUUCUUAGUAUCACAAUUCACAUUUACGGGUGUUGGUUAAGCAAAUUUAAAUGUGUAGGUGUGUGUGUAACAUAAGAA